CUGAGGUAGCGAGACUCUUGGGCGGGUAAAGACAGACAGCACAAACACACGCGCGCCCGCACACAACGACACACUUACCAUUCAUUCAUUCCCUCCACUCUCCUCCUUGUCUAUAUAAAGAACGAUUUCUUGGAGAUAAUUAAAAAUCAAACUCAGUCCCCUUCUUUCGCUCUUUCUUUCUGAGUGUUAGUCAAGCUUUUUGAGCUGCUCUCUCUGUUGUUUAACUGCUGCUUAGUCUCAAUUGUAUGGCCGCCAAUUCGAGUAGCCGAGGGAUCGCGAACUUUGGGAAGCGAGUGGUCAACCAGAUCUGGAUCCGCGAUCCGACUCACCAAGCUUCUGUCUCUUCCCCUGCUCUGUCUAUCAGCAGGGCUGUUCACAACUCGGCGUACGACAAGAAUCCUGAUGAGCAGAUUCGACCAAGUGUGGUUCCGGAUGAACUGAUUCAGCCUCAAUCGGACAAGUACUGGGCACCACAUCCCAAAACUGGGGUAUUUGGGCCUGCGACCGAGAGCACCUCGGCCGCAGGUGGGGAGCGUGGGUUACACGCCUCUUCUUCGGAUGGUGGUGAGGGCUCCGUGCUGGAGCAGAAGGCUUGGUUCCGCCCUACCAGCAUAGAGGACUUGGAGAAGCCUCAUCACAACUAAGGCAAUUGCUGAAGUGGCUAAAAAUCCGUUCUUAUAUAACAUAUAUAGGUUGGGGUUUUCAGAGUUUAUAAGAACAGUUGAACAACUAUAUUAUAAAUAAAACUAGAUUUUGCGUGCUGCAACCUAUUGUAGUACUUGGUGCAGUGGGGAAGUUGGGAGUUGAAUGUGAUAUAUUCAACUUUCCUGGGUAGCUAUGAACCCUGUUAUGUAUCUAAUGGCUGUGGACUCUAUGUAUUUCAAGGUAUCUUGGUAUGACAUACUAUGUUGUGCUUGUGAAAAA